ACAUGACUGAGACUGAUUGUGUCUCCAUGUUGACAGUAAACACAGAAAUUAACCUUAAAAGACAAAGAACAAGCAGACAAAAGUCUCAGCUUUAGUCAGUUUAACUUUAACACGUUAUUUAAAGAACACGUUCACGUCUUUAUCUCACUGUUAGACGGACUUUUACAACAGGAAACCGAAGUUUUUAAACCACUCACUCUCCCACACCAAACCCCAGAGAGAAAACCAGUGAUUUUAACACACGGGGACACAGGAGUGGUCAUAUAAUGCAAGAACCUGUGGAAUCAGGGAUCAAGUGGAGAAUCAUCAAUCACCACAAGAGGGCAGUGGAGACAGCAGACUCUCUCUGUCUCUCUCUCUCUCUCCAUCAGAUUGUCCACAGUCUGUCUGUCUCUCUGUCUUUACUUCAGCAUCAUCAUGAAGAAACAUCAGAGGUUUUGUUUUCUUCUCUGGACGAGUGUUUGCUGCGUCGCUCCGACGCGUUGUUGGCACGACUUGGACAACAGCGAGUACGACUGUUGGCCUCUCGACAAACCAAACGACCAGAACAUGAUCGACUGUGGAGGUCUGGAAAUGGCCUGGGUGGUGCGUCCACCUGAGACGGUGAAGAGCGGCGAGGUGUUCGGCGUCACAUACUCGGUCACCGCGCGGGACUCUUUCUACGACUGGGCGGUCAAAAACCACAUCUUCACACACAGUUCCAUCGCGAGCGCGGAAGCAGCUCGGAGGUUCUGCGAACACAGCGACUGUCCGGCCAACUGGAAAGACGCAGACGGCGAGAACUGCUGCAUCCAUCACGCCAACAUCCACUCCUGUCCGCUGGGAUACAUGACAACAGAGAGCAUCUGCGGUCCCUGGAUUCCGGAUGACGGAAAAAUCUUCACGCACACCAUCUCCACGUCUGGCAAAAUGACACAGACCAACUGGUCAGCGAAGGUGGUUUUGAUCCAUCCUGGUCUAACCUCGCUCAUCGCUCACAUACGAGUCGGUGAGAUGCAGGUGGCUCUGGAGGCCAAGAGCAAUGUACUUCCUGCUGUGGUUUGUGGAGACAGCAUAUGUGAGGAGGCGGAGCUUUGUUCCAUUUGCCCUGCUGACUGUGGCCAAUGCCCAAUGGCCCCGACCACCAAGUUGUCCAUUGGCCUCCCGCUCAGCUCCCUCUGCCUUUGCUUAAUACUGACCGCUGUGUGGCUGAGGUACCAGAAACAGAAACUGCUGUGGGACGAGAGCUGGAUCAUCGACUUCUGGACAAUAAAACAAGACCAUGAGGCUCGUUUGACCACGGGCAGUAUCAUGAGUGUACCGAUGGCGCACAGUGACAGUAAUACCAGCUGUAUGACUGCUCUCAGCUCAUGUGUGGGACAACCGGGGAACCGGAAAACACUAUUCACCUGCACCGGGAUUUAUGACGGCAGAACGGUGGCCAUAAAGAAGAUUCAAACAAAGACGUUCUCUCUGUCCAGAACCAUCAGACAGGAAGUCAAACAAAUCCGGGAACUUGAUCACCCAAAUCUUUGUAAGUUCAUUGGAGGAUGUGUUGAGGUUCCAAACAUCGCCAUAGUGACCGAGUACUGUCCGAAAGGAAGCCUUAACGACAUUCUCCUGAACGAGGAAAUCCCUCUCAACUGGGGCUUCCGGUUUUCCUUCGCCACAGACGUCGCCAGAGGGAUGUCAUACCUUCACCAACACAGGAUCUGCCAUGGUCGACUCAAGUCCAUGAACUGCGUCGUAGACGACCGCUGGGUUUGUAAAAUAACAGAUUUCGGACUGAGGACGUAUCGCAGGAAUGAUGGGGCGGAGCCUCUCUCCACCUAUCACCAGAGACUCAUGGAGGUGUACAUGCCACCCGAGUUUCAAAACACAAACAUGGAGCCAACACUGGCUGGAGACGUGUUUAGUUAUUCCAUCAUCCUCUUGGAGAUCGCGACUCGCAACGACCCUGUCCCUGCAGAAGAGUCUAACCUGGAGUCCACCUGGUGUCCUCCUCUACCUGAGCUGAUCUCCAGCAAAUCCGACAACAACUGUCCAUGUCCUGCUGACUAUGUAGAGCUGAUCCGACGAUGCCGCUCUCAUAACCCUGUCCAGCGACCCACGUUUGACCAAAUCAAGAAGUUUGUCCAACGCGUCAACCCCGUCAAAGUCAGCCCGGUGGACAUGAUGAUGAACCUGAUGGAGAAGUACAGUAAACAUCUGGAGGUGUUGGUGGCUGAGCGAACUCAAGAUCUGAUGCUUGAGAAACAGAAAACCGACCGGCUGCUCUACAGUAUGCUUCCUAAGCAGGUAGCUGAUGAUCUACGUCAGGGUAAACCACUGCAGGCUCAGAGUUACGUCAGCGCUACUGUCUUCUUCAGUGACAUCGUGGGCUUCACGCAGCUCUCCUGCAGCAGCACUCCAUACCAGGUCGUGGAUUUCCUCAACAAACUCUACACGACAUUUGACGACAUCAUCGACAACUAUGACGUCUACAAGGUGGAAACCAUCGGAGACGCGUACAUGGUGGUGUCGGGCGUGCCGCAGGAGAACGGUAUCCUGCACGCCUCGGAGAUCGCCAGCAUGGCUCUGGACCUGGUGGGCGUCUGUCGCACCUUCAGGAUCCCUCACAAGCCCAGCAUGCAGCUGCAGAUACGAGCCGGGAUUCACUCCGGUCCACUGGUCGCCGGGGUUGUUGGUACGAAGAUGCCUCGUUACUGUCUCUUUGGAGACACGGUCAACACGGCAUCCAGGAUGGAGUCCACCAGCCUCGCUCUGAAGAUCCAGUGCAGCUCCAGUGUGUUUUACCUGCUGGAGGAGAUCGGAGGCUACGUGCUGGAGUGUAGAGGAACACUGCAGGUCAAGGGUAAAGGCGACAUGAUCACUCACUGGCUGGUGGGGAAGCAGACGUCCAGGGACACCAAGACCACCAAACACGUCACCAUGGAGACAGAGACAGCGAUGAAAGAGAAAGAGAGGGAGCUGUACUCGUCCAUACCCGGGUUCCUGAACAACGACGACGACGACCUGCUCCUGGAUCAGUCCUGAGUCCUUUAGUCCGGAAAACAAGUUACAUUUGUAACGUGAUACAUGUUGUUAUUUAUAUGUAUUUGUGUGUUCAGAUUGUUUUAACCCUUUAAACCCGAAGGUGUGGUUACUGUGUCUGGAUCCAGCCUGAGACACUUCAAAAAAACAGAUUUUUAGCCACUUAACAAAAGACCUGCAUUUUAAAAUGUACGUCAGCUUAAGUCUACAAUAUCUCAAGAACACGUUCACUUCUUUAUCUCACUGUGAGACAGACUUUUCCAACAGGAAACUGAAGUUUGUAAACCACUCGCUCUCCCACAGAGAAAAUCAGUGAUUUUAGCUCACAGGGACACAGGAGCUGCUGGUCUACUGCUGCCUCGUGUGGUCCUUUGUGUCACUGAGGUCAAUCUGAACAAAGGAUUUCAAACACAGAAUUUUACAAAAUAAGACAUUUGAACGUAGUGAUGGAGGCAGCAGUGGAUCAACAGCUCCUGUGUGCUGUGAUGUUAAAUCACUGGUUUUCUCUAUGGGCUUUGGUGUGGGAGAGUGAGUGGUUUACAAAGUACAAGAUUUGGCUUAAGUGUUUUGGCUGACAACAAAAACCCAUGAACUAUCCCUUUAAUGCACUAAAUAAGAUUCCUGCAGCUCUAAUUUUCAUCAUGACUGAAGUCAAUGUCACGUAAAUGUAGUUUUGUUUUGUGAAGCCCGUUGUGUGA